GAGGAAGAGGAAGAGGAAGAGGAAGAGGAAGAGGAGAGGAAGAGGAAGAGGAAGAGGAAGAGGAAGAGAUGCUGCUGCCAGAACUGACCACCGAGUCUGUCGACAGCCUCCUGCCUCUGGCCGCGCCGCUGAACUUGAACAAGGAUGACUUUUACAUCAACCUCAUCCACACCAUUCUCAAAAGCCACAAGUCACUAUCAUCCGCCGCAGGCAAUGCCAGCGAUAAUACUGUUGAUCCGCAGAUGGCCUACGAGCUGGCAAUCAGCAAGACGCCGACGCAAUUCAACGCCGUCCAGCAGCUGAUCUACAAUCUCAAGGACCCCGAGUCUAUGAUCAUGGCCACCAAGCAUAUUGCUGACCAAGUUCCAUGCGGACCAGACCGCAUUGCCGCACUCAAAAUGGCUGGAUCACUUAUGAGCAAGUGGCGCCAGUAUAUUAAGCGCAUGUCGGAGCCCGAGCGGUCUCGUGUGGCCACUAGGGCGAAGGCCAUGGCUGGCCUGAUCAGUGAGUGUUUGACGGACACUAAUAUUGAGAUUGCCCUGCGGCAGCGCCGGCUGGAGCGGUACUUGGCUUUGUUUUUGAACGUCCAAGACUCCGAGUCUGUUAUUCGCGCGUUGGCUGCAGUGUUUGAAGACGAGUGCGACAGGCGUUCGACCGGUGGAGCUGCAUCUACAUCCGUCAGUUCUGCUGCUGGUUCUAGUACCAGCGCCGCUACUGAUAAUUUAUAUGGCGCCUUGCCACAGCAGCAGGACGUGGAUCCGACAACUCACCAUAUUCAUGAGACCUUGCGUAAUCUUGCCGCAAUCUUUGAAAUUACUUUGGAUACUCUCAUGAGGGAACUGCUGAACAAGUAUCUGAUGGCGCCGGUUACCCUCUCCGACACUCUAGUCCGUGUUGCGCCGCCGCAUUACUUGAUUCUGAGCAACCAGCCGCCAUCUGAGGCUGUGCGUGCCCUGCUCUGCCUCGGACGCGCCCGCGCGCUCAACAUUCUUUUCUCGGUGGCCACGGAUGAAGAAAUCGCGACCUUGCAAGUACCCCAGGACGUGCACUCUCUUUUUCAAGUCAUGCUCUAUCUGGAUGACUUUAACCAUAAGGAUGCCCUUGCCAGGUCUAUUUGGGUCGAGCAUCACGAGGACCCCAAGGUUGUUCAGCUUAUUUGCAAUAUGUGUUUAGACUUCCAUGUGGAUGAUUGCGACUUGAUCGUGCAGGUUAUACGCAGGCUGUUGGUCGCUGGAAUGUACCGGUAUGUGGUUGGCGUGCUGGAUGUGGUUGGUGGGAUGGAGGAGGAGUAUUCGGGCGAUAUCGAGGAGCUGCCAGAGUUUUGGAACCAGGCUGUGGCUGGAUUCAUGCUGCAAAUUACGACCAAGCUUGGCAGUGGCAAUGAUGAUGGUGAUUCAAGUCAAGUCAGCGCAAACAGAGUUUGGAUUGAAAGCGCGUUAGGUGUCCUGGAUUCCUGCUUGCGGUCCAUAUAUUUGCCUGAUAUCGACGCAACGCAAACCAUCUCUGCAUUGCUCAAGCCCCGCCGUACAAAGAAAAGGCUCAGCUCAGCUUCGUCACUGGCACCAGAAUCACCAUCAGCAUCAGCAUCGGCGGAGCAAUUGGCUUGCGCAGUCUUUGACAUACUCCUGUAUAGCCACGCAGCUGAAGACGUGCUGCUCGAUCAUCUUGACUCGCUAGAGCCUCAAGAUAUACACCAACUGAUCAUCCGGUAUCUAGACUUCAUUGACUGUGCAUCGACUCUCCCUAAUUCUCCACUCUUUCAAGUUCUGAUGAACCACCACAAGCCGUUGGGAAAAGCUGUAAAGGCAUUUGUGAGCAACCGCAUUGCUCGGGAUAAGUUGCAGAUUACGGUUACGGCGUGUUUGGAUAAGGGUAAAGAUGUAUUGGCGGUGAUGUUGGUUGGUCGAUACUAUGAGACGAGACCAGUGCAUGUUUUGCUUGAGGAUAUUAAGCGCUCUGGGUUUAUUCCGGUUGAAGACGCUGCUGCUGCUGCCGCCCCGCUGCUGCUUGAUGUAGAGGGAGGUGAGUCGCUGGAAACUCACAAGCUGUCUGAUGCCAUGCGGAGCACGAUUGAGGGGCUUUCGGGACAAAACAAGCUGGAAAUUUAUUUGCAUUCGCGUGCGCAAGCGAGCAACAACGACAGCGAGUAA